AUGAUAGAUUUAGUGUUAAUUAGUCUGUUGCUCAUAGGUGCUGAUGCCAGAGCAAGCAGUCGGAUAGCGGGCGGCGAGGCAGUGACCAUCGACCAGUACCCGUUUGCGACGUCGCUGUUGACCAACGUCGGCGCGGGCACUUACGCGCACUCGUGCGGUGGUAGCAUCCUCACUGCCAAUGCCAUAUUGUCGGCCGCCUCGUGCUUCUAUACCGAUGGAGAGGCAGACCCAGCCAGCUGGUGGCGCGCCCGCGUCGGCUCCACAUACAGCAACCGCGGCGGCCUCACCUACCUCAUUAGAACCAUCACAGCCAGCCCCAACUUCUCUCCCACCACUCGGGACAAUGACGUCGCCGUGUUGAGAACCACUCUCAAUAUACAUCUUACUCCGGGAUUGGUUGAGCCUGCAUCGCUUUCUGGCGGUGCUUACAGUUUUUCUGACAACCAGCAAGUUUGGGCUAUAGGAUGGGGAGCGUUUUCAAGUGGUGACCCAGAGACGAUAUCUUCAGAGCUUCGCCACGUGCAGAUCUGGACGAUACCUCAGCAGACCUGCGCUAAUAGAUACAACGAGCUCGACUUCGCGAUCACUAGCAACAUGGUGUGCGCUGGCUGGCUCGACGUUGGCGUCAGGGGACAGUGCCAGGGUGAUUCAGGCAGCCCCCUGCUGGUGGACGGGUACAUCGUGGGCGUGCACUCGUGGGUCCAGGGCUGCGCCCAGGGCUGGUACCCCAGCAUAAAUACGCGCUUGAACCUCUACAACAACUGGGUCAUCGCUGCCGCUACUGCGUAGGGUUAUGAAAACCAUGACCAAAUCAAGCAAUUAAUAAAA